AUGUCUUAUCAGCAGCAGCAAUGCAAGCAGCCCUGCCAGCCACCUCCAGUAGUGUGCCCUCCCAAGUGCCCUGAGCCUUGCCCACCUCCAAAGUGCCCUGAGCCUUGCCCACCUCCCAAGUGCCCUGAGCCAUGCCCACCUCCAAAGUGCCAGCAGAAAUGCCCUCCUCCACCUCCAGUAGUGUGCCCUCCCAAGUGCCCUGAGCCUUGCCCACCUCCAAAGUGCCCUGAGCCUUGCCCACCUCCCAAGUGCCCUGAGCCAUGCCCACCUCCAAAGUGCCAGCAGAAAUGCCCUCCUUGCCCUGAGCCUUGCCCACCUCCCAAGUGCCCUGAGCCAUGCCCACCUCCAAAGUGCCAGCAGAAAUGCCCUCCUGUGCCACCUCCCCAACAAUGCCAGCAGAAGUGCCCACCCAAAAGCAAGUAG